AUGAUUGUAAGAAGCUUCAGAGAAAAUAAAAACAGCUUACCUGUCUUUGUCCAGGACAACGUGGAGCGAGUGGACACCCAGCGUCUCAGUCCAGAGGAGUUCAUUCAGCGUUUUGAGAAACCGUAUAAGCCCGUCGUUCUGCUGAACUGCCAAGACUCAUGGCCAGCCCGGGAAAAGUGGACCUUGGAGCGACUCAAGCGCAAAUACCGCAACCAGAAGUUCAAAUGCGGCGAGGACAAUGAUGGCUACUCUGUCAAGAUGAAAAUGAAGUACUACGUGGAGUAUUUGGAGUCAACCCAUGACGACAGCCCCCUCUACAUUUUUGAUAGCAGUUUCGGCGAGCAUGCUAAGCGCCGCAAGCUUUUGGAGGACUACCAGGUGCCAGUUUUCUUUAGGGACGACCUCUUUCAGUUUGCGGGGGAGAAGCGCCGUCCUCCGUACAGGGAGAAAAUAUUUUGUCACGUGUGUCUCAGGAUCCUGAAACAGGAGAGGCCUGAUAUUGCUGCUUUGGCAGAUAAAGUCGACCUGCAGGAAUCAACAGGCAUUGCCUCGGACAGCUCCAGUGACUCGUCCUCCUCUUCCUCCUCCAGCUCCUCCGACUCUGAUUCAGAGGCUGACUCGGGCUCUGAGGGCGACGCCAUGACCCAUCGCAGAAAGAAGAGGAGAACCUGUGGCAUGAUUGGGAACGGUGACAUUACAAGCCAGGACGACUGCGUGAGCAAAGAGCGCAGUUCGUCUCGGUGACAUCCCACUCAACAACAGAGGGGCUGCAGCCAUAAUCGUCUCCUAGACCAUGAAACGUCACGCUCUCUCUGUCUGUCGCCCUCAGGAGACUCCUGUCCAUUAGAUAAGAGGUUGCCUCUGCGUCACGUCUGGGCACAUGAUAACAAACUCUGUCCUAGUGCGCUUUUAGAGAUAAACAUGAACAAAAUAUCCAAAUAUGUGCUUGCUGGAGGAGCAUUGCAUGAACGAGUCAACAGCUGUGUGUGAGAAGAGAAGGGAAACCCUCCUUGUGUUGCCUUUGCUGAUGUCAGGCUCUGGACAGGAAGCUUGACGUCGUCUCCUGUCCCAGUGCCAAUGUCGUUAAUCUGCAUUUGAUUCAGAACAGAUGCCGUUUUUGUAUUUCACAGGGGUUAUGUGCAGAUUUGUGAGAGAUGUAUCAUGACCCAUCUAGGGUAAUAUGUCUGGCCUGAUGUGUAAUGCUGCCUUUAGCUCUUUGAUUCUAGAACAUUGAUUAUUUUAUUACUGAUUCUACUUUAUUUUUGAGCUGCACUUAAACAUGGGUUUCUUGUCUUUUGGUUAAACUAGCCCAUAGUACUUACAACUGUUAAACAGCAGUGAUUUCUGGUCCCUUUUCUCACUCUUCUACAUAAGAAUUUUGAUUUAAAAUGUCUCAAACUUUAAAUUAGAAGCCCUUUAUGGAGCGCCACACUACAUGUGAUUUUAUAUAUAUAUAAUUUGCGAAAACGGAUAACUAACUAAUUUUCAGAAAAUCAUGUUUUUUCAU